AUGGAAGAUCAAACAACAGAUAGAGAUAUCAGAAUGAGACAGCGAGAUGCUAGACGACAGGAACAGGAGAGAUUAGAGGAAAAACAGAAGCAAAGAGAUAGAUUGAGACAAGAUUUAGCUGAAAUAGAAAAUGAAAGGCAGAGAUUGUUAUCUCAGAGAAGAAAUCAACAGCGACGUUUAGAAAUGAUUCAUAGUUGUGAUCCUUUCUUUUAUGAAGUCGAGCGGCCAAGAAUAGGUGCAGAAAGGCUUAAUAUAAGCAACCCUGAACAGCAAAUAAAUACGGGAACCAGACAAAUAUUAGACAGAGGAAUUGUGCAACCACGUUUCGUGAAGCAACACAAUGAGGACCUCGGAAGUUAUAUGGACCUAAUAAGUCCUGAACCAGAAAAUAUACCAACUGCCACACACGGUAUAGGAAUAAGUGGAAACGAACAUGAAAGCGAUAAUGAUAGGAGACAAGCAAUUGCUCAGACUUAUCAAGCAACAAACAGAAAUUUAGAUUUCGCUUCAGGCAGUUUGAACAUGACUGAGGACAUACAUAAAAUGCAUGGUCAAUUAAACCAAGUCAUAGAUAGGGAUGAUAUCCGUCAGAGCAUUAGGAGAGACGUUUUACAUAUCGAUCAGCCAAGACAAGAGUCUAAUUUAGACUUUCAUAUUGAUAGAGAUAGAUAUAGAGAUAUAGAAUAUAAUGCAGACGACAUUAGUUACAGAACAAGAAGCCGUGUGGCUGAAAGUACUCGCAUUGAUGCAGAAACUCAUGUCAAUGGUGACAAAGUAGAUGUCAGUAUCGAGACAGAUAAACUAGAGGCGAAAUUACGGCAAUUGAGUAUAAGGAAGGACACCAAUUUAGAUAUUAAUUCCUUGCAAAGAGGCGCAGAACUUCCAGAUCAUAGAAAAGAACACAAGAACAUAACUCCCGUAGGUAUAGGUAUGAAUCCUGAAAUAAAGGACACAAGAAGUCAACUAAAAUUCAUCGAUAGAAAAUUCAGGGAACAUUCAGACAUCAAUGUAAGAGGAGAAUUGAAUGAUGAUAAUUCAAACACAUCUAUUAAAUCUGAGAAGUUUAGCAUCCUGCAGCAGAUAGAAAAGAAGAAAAUGGAAUUGCAAGAGCUACUGUUGAUUCAAGAGAACACAGAGAAACAGCUAAAGAUAGAAGAAGAAAGGAGACUAAUAGAAUUAGAGAAGCAACGAAAGAUGUUGCAUAUGUUGACUGAAAGAGAAAGGGUAAUGGAUGAAAGAGAACAGAAACUUAAAGAUGAUGAGAGAGAUUUGUUAUUGAAGUUUGAAGAACUGAAACGGAUAAAGCAAGACGUUGUAAAAUCAGAAGAAGAACAGUUUGUUCAGUAUAAAGCAAUAGAAAGAAAUAUCAUCACUAAAAAUGAAGCAUUAAACAAGAGAGAAUCUGACCUUAGAAAAAAGGAAGAGAUAGUUAAAGAGCUUCAGCAGAAAUUAGUUCCAGAAGUAAAGAAAGAGACAAUUAUUCAGCAAACCCCGGAAAUUAGUCCAUUUUCUGGUGACGAAGCGAAACCUAAGAGUGAGGUCACAUUAAACGAGUGGAAAGCCGAGAUAAGAAGUUUAAUAGCUACAGCAUUGUACCCAGAAAAGAUGAUUACUCAGGCUGUUAGAAAAUCAUUGAAAGGUCAAGCCAAGAAAGUUCUGUUAAACUUAGAUCCAAAUGCUAGAGCUGAAGAAAUCAUAGAAAGGACAGAAGAUAUAUUUGGAGAUAUGUCUAGUAAACAGACAAUUUUCACGGAGUUCUAUACUGCAUCACAGAAGCCAGACGAAUCUAUAGCAGAUUGGGGCUUACGACUUGAAGAGAUUUUGAUAAAAGCUUCUACCAAGAAGUCAAUAACACCAGAUGAGAGAAAUGAAAUGCUUAAAGAUAAAUUUUGGAGAUCGCUGUAUAGCAAGGAUAUCAAAAACGCAGUUAGAACAUCCUUUGAAAGCGGUGACAGUUUUGAAAUGCUCAGACGGAAAGCAAGGGCUGAGGAGCACGAAACUAAAAUUAGUGCUAUAAAGGCUGAUAUAGCACUGCCUAAACAAGAUGAAACUGCAAAGGCGGCGGAUAAGCAGACAGAACUUCUUGAAGCUAUGAUGAAGCAAAUGGCCGAAUUAAAUAAAAAGGUAGAAGACUAUAGAAAAGAAAAUGAAAGUAAGCCACAAGAUGAGCAUAGAAAUAGAAGAUAUGGUGGGUACAAUAGAUGGAAUGGUCCAAGGGAUUUCAAUAGAUGGAAUGGUUCGAGGGAUUACAACAGAGGAGCAAACAGCUAUAGGAAUCGAUUUGACGAUAGGAGUCAUAAAUUAAAAGAGCAAAGCCCAGAUACCGAUAAGAAGCAAGAGGAAAAGAAAGGAGAUAUGAAAGUCAAAGAGGAGAAGAAACAAAAUUCCGAAAAAGAGUUAAACUAG